UUCAGGUAUUUCUGUUUGUAGACUUUCACCUCUGAGAAGGAAGGAAGAAUAUGACUGCUGAAACACUUAACUUUGGCCCAGAAUGGCUCCGUGCACUUUCCAGUGGAGGCAGUGUGUCUUCCCCUCCUGCCUCUCCUGCUAUGCCAAAGUACAAGUUGGCCGAGUACCGUUAUGGCCGAGAGGAGAUGCUAGCACUUUAUGUCAAAGACAACAAGGUCCCUGAAGAAAUGCAGGAUAAAGAGUUUGCUGCUAUUCUGCAGGAUGAGCCUCAACAGCCACUGGCACUGUUGCCUUUCACUGAAGAGGAGCAGAGGAACUCCAUGUCUGUCAACAGUGUGGCUGUGCUGAGGCUUAUGGGUAAGGGGGGCGGGGCCGUCCCUGCUGGAGUGAACCGAGGCAGAGGCAGUGUGAGAGGCGGUCGAGGUCGAGGAAGAGGAGAGGGCGGUUUCUACCAAAGAAGCAGUGAGGAAGGAGAGGGCGGUUUUGGUCGUAGCGUUCGAGAGAUCCAUCGCAGUCAGAGCUGGGAUGACAGAAGUGAGAGACGUUUUGAGAAACCUCUGCGGAGGGAAGGUGUACGUCUUGGUUUUGAGGAGGGGGGUCCGGGUGGCAGAAAGGAGUUAAUGCGCUCUGAUAGUGACAACUGGCGCACACUGAGAGAGGAGCAGGAGGAGGAGGACACAGGAGAGGCUGGAGGCAGCUGGAGACUCACGGGCUCACGAAGAGAUGAUGGUGGUCCUCGCUCUGCCGGUUGGCGCGAACACUCUGGUCCGGGUGAAGUUCGCCGCAGGAAGUUUGACUUCGACUUCCGGGAUGGAGGAAACGAGGGAGGCAGACGGAAAGCAGGCAGCGAAGGAGCAGAGGAGGAGAGAGAUGGUCUGCCAGAGUGGUGCACAGAUGAGGAAGAUGGAGAAAUGGGAACUUUUGAUUCUUCUGGAGCGUUUAUGCCUAUUAGGAAGGGCCCGAAAGACCCCAUUCCAGAAGAGGAGUUUGAGUUCCAGGGGUUGGAGGAUGAGGAAGAGGACGGUGAUAAUCAAGAGAAGAAGAAUGGCGCUGGUGCUGAAAAAAGCGAGAAAGAUGUCAUUGACUCUGCUCCAGUGUCUGAAACGGAAGUGAAACCGAUUUCUCCUUCCCCUCCUUCUCCUCUCCCUCAGUCUCUUCCUGCUCUGGUCCCUGAGGCUGUGCCCUCUGCUGCCCCCUCUGGCCUGGAGGAGCCUCAGCCUGCCCCCUCCAUUCCCAACAAACUACCAAGUGAAGUGUUAUCAGAGGCUAUGUUAGAUUUGAGCCCCAGUGCCUCCUCCAGUCUGCCUUCAUCGCCUCCCUCUUCAUCCUCUGCUGCUACUGACUUCCCACCACCGGGGGGUGAUAUUGAGGAUGAUGAGGGCAUGAAGCACCUGCAACAGGAGGCAGAGAAGAUGGUGGCAGCGCUCCAGGACACAUCUCUAGAGGAAGAGUGUUUCACCCAGACUCUUCAGGAGAGCAGAAACACAGCCUCUGCUCUUCCUCUCUCCCAUGACUCUGCCAUGAAAUGGUUUUACAAAGACCCGCAAGGAGAGAUUCAGGGUCCUUUCAGUACAGUGGAGAUGUGUGAAUGGUUUCAGGCGGGGUAUUUCGCCAUGAACCUGCUUGUUAAACGUGGUUGUGAUGAGGGAUUUCAGCCGCUGGGAGAAGUCAUUAAGAUGUGGGGGCGUGUGCCUUUCGCCCCUGGCCCCUCCCCUCCGCCCCUCCUGGUGAGGAAGCAAGCUGACCAUCGCCCUCACCCACCCCGGGGGGCAAUCGGUAAUAUGGAUCAGGAGCGGCUGAAGAAGCAGCAGGAAUUAGCUGCUGCCAAGGCUCUUUACCAGCAACUCCAGCAACAGCAGCUGUUCCAACUCAUCAACAGGUGUGAAGAGCAGGGUAUGAUGCCUUCGUUAAACAGGUCGAUGUCAGUGCCAGAUACAGGGUCCAUGUGGGACAUGCAUACCUCAGCCUCACAGCCAGCAGGCAGUGAGGCCAGUCUAUGGGACUUAAUGAAUUCUUCAACUCAGGGUCCAAUUCUAGAACAGCUUCAGAAGCUACAUGAGAGUUUUUUAAUGCGUUUGCAGCAGGAUUUGCUGAUGAAGUUGCUCCAGCAGGCUCCACGCCAGGGUUCCUCAGGGUCCGGGUCGAGCUGGAGCGGAGGACCCAUCCCUGGGCUGGGAAAGCAGACCAAGCCCCUCAACCUCCUGGAUGUCCAGCAGGAGGCUGAAAGAAUGCACAAACAACAGCACAGAGUCCAACAGCAGCAGAGGUGGGGUGAUGCCUCUUCGUUGUGGGGAGCGGCUGGAUCUUUGGAUGGAAAGGUGGGUGGUGGCAGCCCCUCUGGAGGAGGGAUGGGAGUCUGGGAUGAGGCUCUCAAGAACCAGAGCACACUUCGCAACAACAUGGGGCUGAAGAACAGCCGCAGCAGUCCCUCACUGAGUGAGCAGUACAUGAUGAGAGGCCGUAAACACACUGAGGAGGAGGAGCGGCUGUUGAAGCUCCUGCAGGGGAUGAAGUCUCAGGAUGGCUUCACCACCUGGUGUGAACAGAUGCUGCAUGCGCUCAAUUCCUCCGCCAAUAACUCCUCCUCUUCCCAGGAUGUGCCUACCAUUGUGGCGUACCUGAAGGAGGUGGAGUCCCCGUAUGAGGUGUUGAACUUUAUCUGCUCCUACCUGGGCGACACUGUCGAAGCCAAAGAGUUCGCCAGACAGUUCCUGGAGCGCCGUGCCAAACAGAAAGCUAACCACCAGAGACAGCAGCAGCAGCUCUCCAAAGAGAUGGCUGGACUUAGCAUGAACAACUUCCCUCUGCAGGAUACUGUACGAGGAAUGAACCCCAGUGCCCUGCAGACAAUGUUCCAGGCAGUGCAUUCUGGGAAGGGGGGUGUGGUCUAUGAUCAGGCAGCAAAGCUGAAGAAGAAACCGCCCAUGAUGCUGCACUCUGACCCAAGCAUCUUAGGGUACUCAUUCCAUGGUGGCCCUGAUCGGUAUGGUCUAAACGAGAUGGAGAUGGUGGAGGAUUACUGAAUCCACAGCAAUAGCUACACGAGGCCUUUAAACCCGCGGGUCCACCUAAUCAGACUCCGCAAGUCGAAUGUGCACUGCUUUGAGGGAGAGGGGUUUGGGGAUAAGCCAGGAGUAAGGUAUCGGUUUAGGGAUGGGUGGGUUUUGCUCUGGGAAUAGAAGAAUGUAAUUCAACAGGGAAGGGAACAGGUGUGAAUUUAUUUUUGUGUGUGUGUUUUCGGGGGAUGGGGGGGUGAUAAAGUUCUGGCACUUACAGCAUUAAGCACCUUACACUCAGACUAAUGCACUUUAUUAAGAUAGAGGUUUUUUUCCUUUUCGAGAAGAUUUACUUGUAUAUUUAUGUGGUAUGCUUCAGAAAUGUUACCACAUAUAUAUACAUAUACUGUGUGUGUGUGUGUGUUGAAACAGAACUGGAGUUUGUGCUGGGAGGAAAUGGUGACGAUUGGGGGACCAUUGCGUGUUUCAGUUCAGACAUUAUCAGAAAAACAAAUCCUCUCUUUAAAGACAAACACUGUUGUUUUUUAUAUACAUAUAUAUAAAGUUUCUAUUAAAAAACGUAAAGCUAUUAUAAAAAAAUCUUUGAUUAUAAAACUUGAAGAUUUGCACUCACAUAAAAUGCAAGUUAAAAAGAUUUUUAAAAAAUGCGUUAGAUAUAAUAGAGAUGAAUAUUUUUGUGAUUGUGUGCCUGUGUGUGUAUGUCUAUACACGCAUGUUUGUUCGAGAUGAAAAUGAGAGUGUGCGCGCGUGAGCGUUUAAAGCAUACCAGUCUGCACAAUGUAUUUUUUUUAAAUCGCUUACUUAGACGUAUGAUCAAAAGAGGCCAUUUCGUCAUUCAGAGUGAUUUUUCUUUUCUUUUUUUUAUGAACCGAAUGCGUGAAUGUGAAUGCUUGUGUGCAAGAGGAACUGUGUGUAUUACUCCUCUUGUAAAUGUGCAGUAUGUGAGCGAACGAAUGAAUGAAGGAAAGAAAGAAA